AUUUCCUUCGAGGAAGGCAGAGGGAAAGAACUCAAGCAGGAGAGAAAAAGAGAGAGAGCCAAACCAAACGUAACAAAGUCUCCUCGCUCCCCCUCUCUAGUCUCAGGUGCAAGGAAAAGCUAAAAAACAGCGAACAAGCUUCCACUUCCGACACUGUGUCGAGCUCUUUAUCGAUUGUAUUUUGGUCAAGGAAUUUCAGCUAUGAAUAGAGGAAUUUAGGAUUUUUCUGGUUUUAGAUUUUACUGGGUGGACUAAGUCGAUUAGCUAGCGAUGUCUGUUAACAAUAAUAACCCGCCCAAGAACAUUGGGGCCUCUUCCUCACCCUUUGGCAAUGCCGGUAUGCCCACAAACCCUGCGUUUGCGCAAUCACAAGCCCAAAUUGCGGCUGGCUUUCAGAGUCAGUUUCAGCUGUCCCAAGUGCAGGCUAUUGCACAGGCACAGUCGAAAGCUGCUGCUCACGCCCAAGCUCAAGCGGCUCAUGCUCAAGCACAAGCACAAGUCGCUCACUUCCAAGCUCAGUUACAAGCUCAAGGGCUUUCGCUCAACCAGAGCCAUACAGCUGGCAUUGGUAAUUUGGGGGCAUCAUCACCCUCCAUGUCUACACCUGGUAAUUCAAGUGCUAAGCGGAUGCCGCCAAAAACCCCGAUCCGCCCUCUUGGCGUUUCCCCUGCCAACACGGUGUCCCCUUUGAAAACGAUGGAACUGUCAUCUGCUGCACGGAGAAAGAAACAGAAGCUUCCCGAGAAGCAGCUUCAAGAUAAAGUGGCAGCGAUUCUUCCUGAGUCUGCUCUGUACACCCAGCUUCUUGAGUUUGAGGCCCGCGUCGAUGCUGCUCUGGUAAGAAAGAAAGUUGACAUUCAAGAGGCUCUUAAAAAUCCUACCUGUGUGCAGAAAACCCUCCGUAUUUAUGUUUUCAACACUCAUGCAAACCAGAUUCGCACCAUUCCAAAGAAGCCAAAUGCCGAGCCACCUACCUGGACGCUUAAGAUAGUUGGAAGGAUUUUGGAAGAUGGGGUGGAUCCUGAUCAGCCUGGAGUGGUCCAAAAGUCGAACCCUUCAUACCCGAAGUUCUCAUCUUUUUUCAAGAGAGUAACCAUUUCCUUGGACCAGAGACUAUAUCCUGACAAUCAUAUCAUUAUGUGGGAGAAUGCUCGAUCGCCCGCCCCUCACGAGGGGUUUGAGGUGAAGAGGAAAGGGGAUAAAGAAUUUACUGUGAAUAUACGGUUGGAAAUGAACUACGUGCCUGAGAAGUUCAAGCUUUCACCAGCUUUGGUGGAAGUUCUUGGUAUUGAAGUUGAUACCCGCCCAAGAAUUAUAGCUGCAAUCUGGCAUUAUGUAAAGGCUAGGAAAUUGCAGAAUCCAGGUGACCCAUCUUUCUUUAAUUGCGAUCCACCUCUUCAAAGAGUUUUUGGGGAAGAAAGGAUGAAAUUCACCAUGGUUUCUCAAAAGAUAUCACAGCAUUUGUUCCCCCCACAACCUAUACAUUUGGAGCAUAAGAUCAAGCUUUUGGGGAAUACCCCUGCCGGAACUGCAUGUUAUGAUGUGUUGGUUGAUGUGCCUUUUCCUAUUCUGAGGGAAUUGUCUGCUCUUUUGGCCAACGCAGAGAAGAACAAAGAAGUUGACACCUGUGAUGAAGCAAUAUGUACUGCUAUAAGAAAAAUUCAUGAGCACCGCCGAAGGCGGGCAUUCUUCCUUGGUUUCAGUCAAUCACCUGUGGAAUUCAUCAAUGCACUAAUCGAAUCACAAAGCAGGGAUUUGAAGCUUGUAGCUGGAGAAGCAAGUCGUAGUUCCGAAAAAGAGCGCCAUUCAGAAUUCUUCAACCAACCCUGGGUUGAGGAUGCAGUUAUCCGUUAUUUGAAUCGCAGGCCAGUAGCAGGAAGCGACGUUCCUGGAAGCACGUGAGGAGGAGAUUGCUUAGUUGUUGACAGACCCUGUGUUUAUCAUUCUUUCUGCUCGACAGCCAAAGAUCGUUUUGACUUUUAUUACAGAAGUACCGCAUGUAUAAUUUGCUCUAUUGUUGGUUGGAGCUUGCUUACGAAAAUAGACUAUUAUCCGCAGCUUGUUUUGCACUAAUUAUCCGUUUACUUGUGCUGCUGAUUAGGCUUAAUGAACAGAUAUAAAUUUAGAAAUCAUGUGUUACUUUCUGCUUUGGACUUUCA